CGAUAUGACAAGAAUUUGGCGGUUUUGUAUCUGAAACUUUUCCAUCUGAAUUUCACAAAAUUAUUAUUAAUAAUAUCGAAAUUGAAACAACAAAGUCCCUCCUUUGAUUUUAGGGUAGCAUUGAACACAAGAAACAAACAAAGACAGAGAGAGAGAGAGAAAUGGAAGAGGAAGGAAUAGGGUUGGUGUUGGCGAGAGCCACAGAACUUAGGUUAAAGAUCAGCAAUUGCGUCCACAGUGCCAGCGCCACAUCUCCCAAUGGUCCCUCUCCGCACGCCGACGACGACGACGACGAUGCCACCGAAAGGCUUCUCAACAUUUGCGAUGCCCUCGAAGCCUUGGAGACUCAGCUUUCUUCAUUGCAGGUUCUGCAACAACAACAGCGGUAUGAAAGAGAAAUUGCCUUGGCUGAGAUUGAAAACAGUCGCAAAAUGUUAAUUGAUAAGCUCAAGGAGUACAAAGGUAAGGAAUUGGAAGUGAUACAUGAAGCUUCCACUUUUGCUAGUGAAACAGUGGAGCCCAACAAUGAUCUACUGCUUCCUCCAUAUCCAAGCCGCCCUCCAUACUCCAUGUCUCUGGACAAGGAAUAUUUGUCUCAGAUCCCUUCUGUGAGUAAGUCCGGUCGUAAUGGGUUAAUCACACUUGAUCCAAUGAUUGAGGCAAAAAAGAGUCAAAAUGAAAACGAGCAAAAUCAUGUUGAACAUGAAGCUAAAAAUUCGAGAAAAGGAUUGGGAUUUUUCAUAACAUCUGCAGCCAAAACAAUGCUCACGGUUGUUGGUGUGGUAUCAAUAUUAAGUUUGUCUGGAUUUGGGCCUAAUUUGGGGAAGCUAAGCACUCGUUUCAAUCUACAAGGCCGGCGUCACAGACUAGAAACUGAGAACAAGAGAUAUACCUCCGAAAAUGAGAGCGAGGGACCAAUUUCUCAGUGUCCACCCGGGAGAAUUCUGGUGCUGGAAAAUGGGGAAGCCCGAUGUCUUGUGAAAGAGAGAGUUGAAAUUCCAUUUUCAGCUGUUGCUGCAACACCUGAUAUAAACUAUGGAUGUGGUUAAGAAUAACAUUCGCUCUCCGUAUUGUAUAUCGUUUCACUCCUUUUUCUUUUUCAUUUUCCUUUUUGGUUUUACUUUUUGUCGAUAUGCUAUUCAAACAGUUAUAUGUAGUGGCUGUUUGUCUUGAUUUUUGGCAGUUGAGUGAUUGUCAUGAUUUUGGUAGUUGAUAUAUGGUAAGUGAUGCAGUUGAUCAUUUGUUUUGAAAAUGAUAGAAAUUUAGAUCUGAGCUAACUUUAACUACUUUGUUUGCUGAAGAAGGUUGUGCUGUCGAUAACCGAUUACUUGUCUGGACGUUACUACCCUCUUUGUUGAAGUGCAUGGGGUUUUGCUAUCAGUAGCACUGUUUUUGAAAGUUAUGGUAAGGCAUUCUGGCCUUGCCUCUUUUUGUGGUGCCGUACUCCCAAUCCAGAGAAUUAGUGUUCAAAAUGGAAACAUUGAAGAGAAAGUAAGGAUUGUAAGAGCAGAUUGAGUCAACGUUUUGUUGGUUCGUAAUUUCUUACGAGUAUCAAUUAGGAAUUCGAUGUGGAUUCUAGCAAUCAUGGGUUAAUUUGUUGUAAGAUGCCAAUGAGGAAGGAACGUCAAGGGGCAUGGAUUUCAAAGGCGACAAACGUGGUAUCAAUUAUAUGUUGGAAGUGAAAGAUUUACGCCAAACUUCUAACUCGACAUAUAAAUCUUAUAGCUAUAAAUGAG